CUGUCUAGAUUUCCCCGGCUCAGUUCUCUCAACUGCUCUGUAACUCGGAACAGCAACUGCGGAGACCACCUUGAGAGGAGGAUGAUUCCAAACAAAGCUCUAGUUCUCGGGGUCUUUGCCCUGACCGCCGUGACGAGCCUUUGUGGAGGUGAAGACAUCGAGGCUGACCACGUUGGUUCUUUUGGCAUAAGCAUGUACCAGUCCUAUGGACCAUCUGGUCAGUACACCUUUGAACUUGAUGGCGAUGAAAUGUUCUAUGUGGACCUGGAGAAGAAGCAGACAGAAUGGAGGCUUCCUUUGUUUACCGAAUUUACAAGUUUUGACCCACAAGGUGGACUGAGAGAAAUAGCUACAGCAAAACACAACUUGGGCAUCCUGAUCAAAAGCUCUAAUUCUACUCCAGCUACCAACAAAGUUCCAGAGGUGACAGUGUUUCCCAAGUCUCCUGUGAUGGUGGGUGAGCCCAACACCCUCAUCUGUGUGGUGGAUAAUAUUUUUCCCCCUGUCAUCAAUAUCACGUGGUUGACCAAUGGACAUUCAGUAACAGAAGGUGUUUCCGAGACCAGCUUCCUGUCCAAGAGUGAUCACUCCUUCCUCAAGAUUGCGUACCUCACCUUCCUACCUUCUGAGGAUGACAUUUAUGACUGCAAAGUGGAGCACUGGGGCCUGGACGAGCCUCUUCUGAAGCACUGGGAACCUGAGAUUCCAGCCCCUAUGUCAGAGCUGACAGAGACUGUGGUCUGUGCCCUUGGAUUGACUGUGGGGCUUGUGGGCAUCGUGGUGGGCACCAUCUUCAUCAUCAGAGGCCUGCGCUCAGGUAGUGCCUCCAGACACCUCGGGCCCUUGUGAGUCACAAGGAAAGGUACAUUUCCCAUCUCCAGGAGCAGAAAACUGGACACUCUCGAUGGCCUGGCACUAAUUUCUAGCCUACUUCACCAUAUUCUUUAUCAUCUCUAGAUGCCCCACCUCUCACCUCUUCUGUAGGUCCUAAGGUGCUAUUCACCCUCCAAACUCAUGUACCCUCAAAGUUCUCCCCCAGACCUCCCAAUUGUUUCCUUUUCUCAAAUUUACCUACUGUGGGAUCCCUGGGAAAAUGGACCCAGCUACCCGUUCCCCAGUGACUGUCAUCCAAUAUUUCCAUGGAAGCAAUAAAUCCCCCUUUAUGAGGUC